AUGGCGCAACGUACACCACGGAGCGAUGGACCGGACACCGCGCCCGUCAGAGGUCUGCGGAGCAUGGGUUCUUCGAGCGAUGUAUUAUCCUUGUCUGCAAGAUCAACGCGAGCAAGCCUACCUCAUGCAAGCCCUGCUCCCGCUUACGUCGCAGUACCCGCUGCGGAGAGCCUGCUCUAUGCAGAGAUCGAAGUUCCUGUCAAGGUCUCGUCGAGUGCUUUGGCGUCCGUGAAUGGUUUUCUCGAUCAAAUUCUAUAUGACAUACUGGCAAAAGCACACUCCACUUCACUCGGAGCCUUGAGGGCUGCGAUUCCCGUGGUAUUGAAGCAGAGACUGGGCCAAUCGGCUAUAAAGGCUGCCGACGAGGAAUUGCAAGACUAUCUCGAUGAACAGGAACUUGCUGAGCUGCAAUUGUCUGCGGGAGCCUUGGAUCCGAAGAUAGAAUUUGAUGUUGAACUGGCUUGGAUGCUGACAAGAUUGCGAUGCAUGGUUUACGCCAAGCUGGGAGACCUGGAAGAGGAGGAUGAAGAGGAUCUCCUCGAAGAUGAUGAGUUGAGAUACCACGUCACUCGAGUCAAGGAGUCUUUGAGAGCCGCUGCGACCAUAAUGCCUGCUUCAGCAAUAUUCCUAACAACGAUAUUGGAGUUUCUAGCCGAACAGGCAUUGUGUAUCGCCGCCCAACACUCGAGAAGGCGACAUAACAGUACAAAGGGUCAAGCAGCUCACCAGUCCGCAAACUCUGUCAUCUUUCUGGACGACAUUGACAUGUCGGGAAUUGGGAAAGAAGGCCCUCUCAUUCGACUAUGGCGAUCGUGGAAGGGCAGCGUUCGAACUACUGGGAGCAUAUCAUCUCGACCUACAACACCUAACAUAAUGACCCCCAUCAGUCCCGAUUCGCCCACUUUCGAAUGGAAGACCCCGACUGCACCAGCUUUCUCCACUAUUCAAGAGGAGCACAGUCCAUCCAUCCAACCCGUAACAUUCCCCUUGCCAGCUGAUAUACCUUUACCAAUGUCUGACAAUGAUGUGAGGGAGAUUGAGGUUCCUGGAGUGGCACACGACCCUGACAACCCGGAUGAGGGAGAAUUGACAGCGCGACCCACCCUCGAAAAACGUCGACCAUCAAGCAUGCUGGUGAUGCCUGGGAAUUUUCCCAGUCCUCCAACGCCCACGACCACCGACCAAGACGGUAAUAGACCUUCUUGGGGCCGGACUCGAUCGCACUCUCUUCCCACGCCCGCCCAGUCUCCAUCCGUUCUACAGUUUGACAAAAGUGUUGAUGAGAUCGCUUCGUCGAAGAUUGCUGUACCUUCCAACGUCACUGAGGUCGCACGUCCCAACAAUCCUGAUCAAGUGACGGAAGGGCACGAUGAAGCUGAGGCGGCUACACAUGCGGAAACGGAGCGCGUGGCCACACCCUCUCGUUCCGACGUUGACAGUGCGACCGUCGCAACUAUCGCGGGAGCGUUGAGCGUGGAGGCCUCCAGAGCUCUGCGUAGAAAUAGGGCCAGCCAAAAUGACCUUGGACCCCGUGCUUCCGGAGUCGAAAUGAAUCCACAAGCCUCAACAACGACCGUCGACGACUUCCAACAACCUCACAUACCGGUUAGAUCGCAAACCACAGAUACCUCGAAUUUUAUCGCAGGCCCAGUUGAAAGCACGAACGAGGAAGUUGUAGCUGAAACUACAAUUGCCGACGCGGAGGAGGCUCAGCCCGCCGACAGAGCAAACCCUCGUGAUUCUGGCUUCGGGGUCGAUGUGCCAGACAACGUACAACAUGGCCAUCACGGUGAUUUCCCAGAUGCCCUUGUUCCCCCUCAGGAUCAGACAUUACCUGCAACAAACGACUCUGUACUGAGCAAUCCCGACGAUACCGACAUGGCAAGCAGGCCAGUCGGUAGGGUUCCCUAUCAGGGGCACGUGGCAAAUUAUCGCAAUCUUGAAGCAGGCAAUGAUCAUGGAGUGGCAAUUAUUCAGGGCACGGGCCGCCCCAGCAGACACCCCACCACCGAUCAAAACACAUCUCGAACUGCAACAACUUCCGCCUGGCCUGCGGUGGUUCCUGACAGACGAUCAUCUUUGGAGAGACAAGCAGGUAGGCAAUCUCCGACGGAAACCAGGUUUCCUCAACAUAUACCCACGUACCAGCGAGCCGAGGGUGUCGAGAAAGACACAGUAUCUCAUUACGCCACUUCAGCGUUGGCAGGCCCGUCAACCUCGCAUUCCAGAACAUCGAGCGCAAAAGAAAGUAGGCCUGGGACAUCUGGAUCUGCCACUGCGAAACGCCAGCAUCUACGCCUGCGGUCUAGCACGGAUGAUGGACACAAGAGGAUAACGCCACCAGAAGAGGCAGAUCGAGCCAAGAAAAGCCUUGACGUACUUAUUGAUAGCGACGAGACACUUCACUACACACUGACUCCAGAAUCAGCAAGAGCUGAUGCAGAGCUGUCCCGACCCAAACCUAGGACUCAAGCGCAAGAAUUGGCGGAUUUCUUCCGAACUACAGCGCCUCCAGGUCAAGCGGUCGCUCGUCCAAGAUCGUCUGGAGCCAACAAAGAUAACAUGAACGGGCUGCGAGCAAAUCCGCCUGGAUCUCCACAACUUCCAGUGCCGGUCAUUCCUUCACAGUCAGGGGUGCAACAGUCCACAAACUCGCCGUCCAAGGUCAGAAAUCCGCUCGGUGAGCCGCGUGAUGCAAGAAUGGCACGUGGAACUACACGGGACCUCGCUGAUUAUGCUCGAUCGACUGGACCUGAGAAUGACAGGCAGCUUCCAAAGUUUCUCAAUGCCCGGCCUGGUACCUCGCAAACAGGAUAUGAUGGGCAUUCAUAUGAGAACAAUUCGGGAACGUCGGCGGAGACUGUCACUCGCCCAUCGACGACAUCAAGCAAAACGACCAAUAGGCUCAAGUACCAGGCGAGAGAUGCACGUGCCCCACGAACUGCUGAGAGCUCCGAUCUCAUCGACUUUAUCCGAGAGGGCCCUCCGCGUGCAACUGGUGAUCACCGUAUCGACAGAAAUGUGGCGCCUUUCCGGACUACCAUGGACUCGGAUGACCUGAACGCGCUUGCACCUCCACCAGAUAUUGACACUAAUGGACGCUAUUCUGACGGUAGUGCGCAAGAAAGUGCGAUGACCAUCAAGUCGAUGCCAUCGUCGAUGAACUCGCGUACUGGGCUACUGGAUUCUUCGAACCGUGGAUCUAGCAAGCUUGGCAACGGAUAUGGUGCAGGGGUUGCAGCCGUGUCACGACAACCUGUGAUCCCGGAAUCUGAUGGCAUGCCUCCUCGCACGCGACGGAGGAUACGUGAUCCUUACGCCAUUGACUUCAGUGACGAAGAAGAAGAAGCUGAGGAGGAACUUCCAAGGCCACAACGGAGAGGAGACGAAGAAUCAUUAGUUGAUUUCUUGAGAAAUACGGCUCCACCCCCGGGGAGCACCACUCUUCCCAUUCUCGGGCUGAAUCCUAAUCCGACCCAACCAGAUCCCUCGUCCAUGUUGAAGCGAACGGGGAGUAGCUCGAAAUUGAGGGACUACCUUCAAGGUGCAACGGGUGCCAAAGCCGGACCCAAUGCCGUCAAAAGCACCAACGGUGCUCGAGCAGACUCUCCACACCUUACCCAAGUCGGGUCCAAAAUGGACAAAUACCGACCCACUCAACCAACACACGCAGCUCACGUUGAUCGCAACCGACAAAAGACCCGGGCAGAACCGAGAGAUGCCAUGGCGUCAGGUGGAGGUGGCACGGCUGAUCUUGCUGCAUAUUUGAAGAGCUCUGGUCCUCCGCCUGGGAGUGAAGCUCCACCGCAGCGAUUUGUUACCUCAGCUGGUGGUGGAAAGGACCAGGCAGGCUUCAUGAAAUUUUUCUCCCGACGUGGAAGCGUGCGGAAAUAA